AUGGUGAACGACAAGAAGAUGCUUCCGAAACGCAUCAUACUCAUGCGCCACGGCGAGUCCGCCGGGAACAUCGACCAAGGAGCUUACGCGACCACUCCAGACCACAAGAUCCCUCUGACGGAAGAAGGACGAGCGCAGGCGCGUGAGGCCGGGAGGAAGAUGAGAGCCCUUAUAUCAGCUUGCAGCGACGGCGCGUGCGGAGAGAACUGGCGCGUGUACUUCUACGUGUCGCCGUACGAGAGAACGAGGGCAACAUUGAGGGAAGUGGGGAGAGGGUUCUCGAGGAGGCGCGUGAUAGGAGUGAGGGAAGAGUGUAGGAUCAGAGAACAAGAUUUCGGAAACUUUCAGGUGGAAGAGAGGAUGAGAGUUGUCAAGGAGACGAGGGAACGGUUCGGACGAUUCUUUUAUCGUUUCCCCGAGGGUGAAUCUGCCUCCGACGUCUACGAUCGGGUUUCGAGUAAGUCUCUUGUCUCUUUCUUUCUCUUUAACCGGUGUUUUUAUUCAGAUGACAUGCGAAUAUAUACAGAUGGCCCUAAACUAGAUAUUCGAAAUGUAAAUUUUUAA